ACCACACAACCACCACAACAAUGGGCGGCCCCUUCACAUCCAAGUCCUUCGCCUCGACGCUCCCCAACUCCAUCGCCUCUCGGUACCGACGCUCGCUGCAAAAACACCCCUUCCUCCUCUUCGGCCUCCCCUUCCUCGCCACCAUCGUCGCGGGCUCCUUCAUGCUGACGCCCGCGACGGCCCUCCGCUACGAGCGCCACGACAACAAGAUUAAGCAGAUCAGCCAGGAGGAGAAGAUGGGGCUGACGCAGAAUCGGAGGAAGGUUAAUAUGAAGGAUGAGUUUUAUAGACUUCAGGCGAAGGAUUUGGAGGACUGGGAGCAGAGGAGGGUUAAGAGGUUGCCCGGGGAGAUUGAUGGCAUUUUGGAGUGAUCAGGAUAAGCUAGCGAGGUUGUAAGGAAAGAGGAUGGGACGGAUGAUAUCAUUGCAUUGGGUUUCGGCGUUCUUGUCAGGUGUUUUGUUUAAAAGAUUGGGAUUGUUGCAUUGGGAUGGACAAAAAGCAAUUCGAUUUGGGGAGAUCUCAGCUCAAUUGUGGAGAGAUUGUGUGGUCGGUGCUGUCUGUUCGAGGAAAAGCGAAGAGAUGUAUAAAGUGUAUGUCAGAACGAAACAUAUUCAAAGCCAUUGACUUAAAGCGAGGGUUGUUUGGAGGUUCCAGCUACGCGGAGCCAGACAAUUGAGUUGAUUGCGUUGCACAAACAGUAUUAAAUUAUUUAAUCGUGUUAAUUCUUUCUCUCGAGCGGGCGUCCAGACACCUUGGUCUCCGAUCCGCCGCCGCUCCAUAUGUCCCAUCGUAAUAUAUUGUUGGUU